AGAAGUCUCCGACCCUUGCCAAGUGUAGGACUAUCUUUAGGAAUAAUGGAUUUGGCAGAAUUUUGUGUAUCUGACGCUGCAAAGUUCCACAGCCAGUUCCUUUUCAGGAUGACCUCUGAUGAUCGACCUCUGACCUCUGAAUGCUUUCUUAAACAGGAGACAUGCAGUCCUUGCUCCGUGGUGGGGUCUGUGACACAUCACAGCCCCAGUGAAUCUUCUGACACUAGUGGGACUUUCAGCCUGUCAUUGGCUGGCCUAGACUCCUCCCCAAUCUGUAGCAGCCAUAGACAUUUUGAGGUCUGUAAGAGAACAGGAUCUCCUGCUAAGUGUGAGUACACACUCACUACGGUCCCCAAGCGGUUGUGCCUGGUGUGCGGAGAUGUGGCAUCGGGUUACCACUAUGGAGUGGCCUCCUGCGAAGCGUGCAAGGCGUUCUUCAAACGUACCAUCCAAGGUAACAUCGAGUACAGCUGCCCAGCCUCCAAACAGUGCGAGAUUACCAAGCGGCGGAGGAAAUCCUGUCAGUCCUGCCGGUUCGCCAAGUGUCUGAAGGUCGGGAUGCUGAAGGAAGGAGUGCGACUGGACCGGGUCCGAGGUGGGAGACAAAAAUACAAAAGGCGCCUGGAAUCAGACAAUGCAUUAUAUGGACUACAGAUACCAGCUGGCCAUAAGAAGCCUUACACAAGGACGAGGAUCGUGUCACAUCUUCUAGUGGCGGAGCCUGAGAAGAUCUAUGCCAUGCCAGACCCGUCCCUUCCAGAUAGUGACAUCAAAGCCCUGACCACACUCUGUGACCUCGCAGAUCGCGAGCUGGUGGUGACUAUUGGAUGGGCCAAACAUAUUCCAGGAUUCUCCACUCUGUCCCUGGGUGAUCAGAUGAGUUUACUACAAGGGGCCUGGAUGGAGAUCCUACUGCUUGGGGUUGUGUUCCGCUCGCUCCCAUACCAGGAUGAGCUGGUGUAUGCUGAGGACUAUGUCAUGGAUGAGAUGAGGUCCCGAGUCAGUGGUCUACGUGAUCUCUACGUGUGCACUAUGCAGCUGGUGCACAGGUACCGAAAGCUUCGCCUUGGCAAGGAGGAGUAUGUCACGUUAAAAGCUCUAGUGCUCACUAACUCUGACUCUGUGAACAUUGAGGAUGUGCAGAGUGUACAGAACCUGCAGGAUCUGCUCCAGGAGGCUCUGACUGAGUACGAGAGCAGUCAUCACCGGGACGAGCCACGAAGAACCGGCCAGCUCCUACUCACCCUCCCUCUGCUGCGCCAGACCGCAAGCAAAGUGGUCCAGCACUUCCACGGAGUCCGGGCACAGGGCCAGGUGCCAAUGCACAAACUGUUUCUGGAAAUGCUGGAAGCAAAAGUGUGAGAGUGGCCGCUGCUGUGUUGUAGACAGGAGGACGGACCCACACCUGCACAACAUGUAACCACCACACAACACAACACUGAGCACUAUGGGGUGCAUUCAUACCUGACUACUGUGCAACAUGCAGCCCAACAGCCUGGCACUUAUACAGGGGAUGGCUGGUGUUAUGGGCACUGACUGGCAUCUGUACAGGGGGGUGGCUGGUUAUAUGGGCACUGACUGGCAUCUGUACAGUGGGGUGGCUGGUUAUAUGGGUACUGGCUGGCGUCUGUACAGGGGGAUGGAUGGUUAUAUGGGUACUGGCUGGCAUCUGUACAGGGGAUGGAUGAUAAUAUGGGCACUGGCUGGCGUCUGUACAGGGGAUGGAUGAUAA